AUGCCUAAAGGAAAAAUUAAUUUACAAACUCCAAAUGAUUGUCAGGAAAAGCAAACACUAUCUAUAACACAACGUCCUCUUCCUCCUGAAGUUCCUUGGGUAUCAACUACAAAUUUUCAUAGUCUUCCAACUCCUGCUCCUUCACCACAACUAUUUCCACCUGUUUCAUCUGAGGGAUAUCCCCCUCCUCCACCUGACGAUGAGUUUCGUCGUACUGUAAGAAUGGGUUUUCAAAAUAUGGACAAUUUACAAAGGCAAAAACUUCUUGCUGAACUUUUAAAUUCUUGUAAUACUGAACAACUAGUUUUCGUGUCCAAUUUUAUAUCACCACGUUUGAAACGUGACUUUCUGAAAGACCUUCCAAUUGAACUUAGUCUUCAUAUAUUAUCUUUUAUUAAUGAUCCAAAAACUCUUUCUAGAGCUUCAAGUGUUUCUAAAUUUUGGCGUUCUUUAUUAAAUGAUGAGUUCACUUGGAAAAAUCUUUGCGUACGUCAUCAUUUUCGAAGACGUAGUUCAACUGUUCCUGUAUUACCACCUUCUCCUACUUUUGAAUCACCUACUCUUAAAUGUAAUAGUAAAUUUUCAUAUAAAGAUCAUUUUCGAAGGAGAUAUAUUGUUGAAUCAAACUGGAAACAUGGUGGAAGAACACUUGUUACUCAUAUUAGCCCUGAUUCGGGUGUAGUUACAUCUUUACAAAUGUGUCAAAAUUAUAUAGUAGUAGGGAUGGAUAAUAAAAAAAUUCAUAUAUUUGAUGUAUCUGAUGGAAAUUAUAUAAAAACAUUGACAGGACACGAAGGUGGCGUAUGGGCGUUGCAAUAUAUUGACGAAGUUUUAGUCUCUGGAGGCUGUGAUAGAGAAGUUCGGGUUUGGGAUAUUAUCACAGCUGAAUGCAAAUAUGUUUUACAUGGUCACACAUCAACGGUACGUUCACUAAAAAUGAAGGAUAAAACCAUUGCUGUUAGUGGAUCUCGAGAUGCAACACUUCGUGUUUGGAAUAUCGAAGAAGGUAGAUUAAUUCACUUGUUGGCUGGACACCAAGCAAGUGUACGAUGUAUGGAAAUUUGUGGUGAUGUUGUAGUAUCUGGGAGUUAUGAUUGCACUGCCCGAGUUUGGGAUAUAGUAACUGGUGAAUGUUUACAUGUUCUUCAAGGACAUUACUCACAAAUUUAUUCGAUCGCAUUUGAUGGUGAUAAAAUUGUUACUGGAUCUCUUGAUUCUACCGCACGAGUUUGGUCUCGUCAAACCGGAUUUUGUCUGGGUGUGUUACAAGGACAUACAUCACUUGUUGGUCAAUUACAACUUCAUGAUUCGAUACUUGUUACUGGCGGAAGUGAUGGUGCUAUUCGUAUUUGGGAUCUUGAGACAAAUCGAUGCGUUCAAAAUAUUGCUGCACAUGACAAUUCGGUUACAUGUCUGCAAUUUGAUGAAAAACGAAUCGUAUCAGGUGGUAAUGAUGGUCAUAUAAAAUUGUGGGAUGUCGAAACUGGUGAAUUUAUUCGUGAAAUAACAACUUCUGGAAACGCUGUUUGGAGAUUGGCAUUUCAAGAAACAAAAGCAGUUGUAUUGCUACAACGGGAAGGAAAAACUGUUAUGGAAGUUUUGGAUUUUGAUGCACAGGAAAAUCAAAAUUAG